UCGGUUUACGGAUGCUGAGGCUCCCGGUACUCUCACUGUAAACACACUGCUCAGGUUGGGCUUUUUGUUGUUUCUUUCGGUCGGUGUGGCAGCAAAUUGUAAACGUCCAGCCGAGGAGAGAUGGCCCUGUGCUCCGAGCCUGCUACCGUCAGCUCCGCAGAGAACAGGGAGCUGAAGAAGGAGCGGAAGGUGGCCGUUAUCACCGGCAUCACCGGCCAGGAUGGAUCCUACCUGGCUGAGUUCCUGCUCGCUAAAGGCUACGAGGUUCAUGGUAUUGUGCGUCGUUCCAGCUCCUUCAACACAGGUCGCAUUGAGCAUCUUUACCAAAACCCCCAGACGCACACUGAAGGCAACAUGAAGCUGCAUUAUGGCGAUCUGACUGACAGCACGUGCCUGGUGAAGAUCAUCAACCAAGUGAAGCCUACAGAGAUCUACAACCUUGGCGCUCAGAGUCAUGUCAAGAUCUCCUUUGAGUUGGCUGAGUACACCGCUAACGUUGAUGGGGUUGGUACACUUCGUCUCUUGGACGCCAUAAAGACGUGUGGUCUGACCAACAGCGUGAAAUUCUACCAGGCCUCCACCAGUGAGCUGUACGGCAAAGUUCAGGAGAUCCCUCAGACGGAAACCACGCCCUUCUACCCUCGCUCACCUUAUGGUGCCGCCAAGCUGUAUGCCUACUGGAUCGUGGUGAACUUUCGAGAGGCCUACAACAUGUUCUCUGUCAACGGGAUCCUCUUUAACCAUGAGAGCCCAAGGAGAGGUUCAAACUUUGUGACGCGUAAGAUCAGCCGCUCUGUGGCAAAGAUUCACCUCGGCCAACUGGAGAGCUUCAGCCUGGGCAACCUGGACUCCAAGAGGGACUGGGGCCACGCCAAAGACUAUGUGGAGGCUAUGUGGCUGAUGCUGCAACAGGAGGAGCCGGAGGACUUUGUCAUAGCGACGGGGGAGGUGCACAGUGUGAGGGAGUUUGUGGAGAAGGCCUUCAAACAUGUGGGGAAGACCAUUGUGUGGGUGGGGAAGGAUGAGAAGGAAGUUGGCCGUUGUCAAGAGACAGGGGUGGUACAUGUGAAGGUGGACCCCAAAUACUUCCGUCCUACUGAAGUGGACUACCUACAAGGCGACAGCACCAAAGCAUAUCAGAGGUUGGGUUGGAAGCCAAAGGUGACUUUUGAGGAGCUGGUGAAGGAGAUGGUGGAUUCGGACAUCCAGCUAAUGAAGAAAAACCCAAAUGCCUGAGUCCAUUUCAGUCCGUCCCCCCAGGACGGGAACAUUUUAACACUCCUGCGUUCUACCAGCAGAGGAAGGAACAUACUGUAUUUUUACCUUAAUGACUUUUCCAAAUGAAGUAAUUGUGUCUUUUCAUCUUUGUUAAGAAGGUUUGACUGAACCUUUUAUUGCCUUUGUGUCUUGUCUAUUUCCAGCAUCAUGCCAUUUUGAUUUUGUUUUGUUUUUACAUCGCAGAGAUGCCUUUUAUAUUUCAACACUGAUCAUUUCAUAAUUUAUACUGAUGGCAAGUUUUAAGGCUUUAUUUAUGUCUGUUUUCUUUUGAUUGUGGCUGAAUCGAUUUCU